AUGAAAGAUCUUGUUGAUAAGUUUACAUGGUUAUCGUCAGAUCAUAUCAAUGCAUACUUUACAAUACUCAAUUCGGAAUAUGGAGAAUGUGUUUAUGCUUUCUCAACAUAUUUCUAUGCGAAGUUGAUGAAGGGAAUAGAAUGGACAGCUAAUAACAAGUUUUACAAAAAGACACCCCAGCUAGAUGAUCAUUCUUGUGGUGUGUUUGCUAAAUUAUUGUCAGCUGGUCUAAAUGAUGAUAAAGUUAUCAAGGAAGCAUUUGAUUAA